AUGUCAAACAAGACCUUCGAUUAUGGCGACCUGAGAAUCUCCAUGACUUCUGCUUAUAGCUGGGUCUGGGAUGACACCGGCACCGGUGCCCGUCGAAGUGUCUGUCUAUGGACACCAUCCCCUCAGGGGAACCUCUGCCCGCUCGGAGACUACGCUGAUCCCGCAGGCUAUUACGAAAUCAACGGUGGCAAGCGAGCAUCGCUCAUCGUCGGGCAGAACCCCAACACGAGGCCGGCCAAGUCGGCGGUAGCCAGACCAACCGACUACACUCGGAUCUGGAUCGACAGUGGCUCUGGCGGCAAGCACGACGGUGCCAUCUGGCGCCCAGUGGCUCCCUCAGGAUACGUGGCACUGGGUGAUGUUGGCUGCUAUGGGUACGGCAAGCCCAACGUGAACAAGAUCUGGUGUGUGCGCGAGGACCUCGUCGGCUACGGCAAGUUCCUGGCGAGCAGCGCCUGGGACGACGGCGGUUCGGGAGCGAGCCAGAACGUCUCCCUCUGGGCGACGCAGACGGACACCGUAGGCGUCGAUGGCGCAGCGAACAUCCCCAUCAUGGCCGACACGUUCCGAGCGCAGAACAGUUACACGCGGCCGGGCGGUGAAGCCGCUCGCGUUCUGCUGCUGCCGGUCGGGAAGCAAUAUCAACGAUUCGACACCAACAUACCCGCGCUUGAUCCGAACAAGCUUCCCGAGAAGGGCGACCAGUUCUCGAACCAGGACCAGUGCAAGGUGACGCUUCCGUUCCACUGCUACUUCAGCCCGACACACCAGGAGAGCUUGGACAACAUCCGCAACCCGUUCCUGACCAUCAGCCGGUCCAUCGCGUGGUUCGUGGAGGGGGUGUGGGCGAACAAGACCUCCAGCCCCUUCACGCGCUCCCAGAGGCUCCUCUACGGCGUCAGCAAGGAGACGCGCGAGGAGAUGACGCACAGCGUCGGCGUGGAGAUCUCGGCCACGUACGGCGUCGAACUGGCCAGCGCCUCCGUGAGCCUCAACUACCAGUUCACGUACAACACGUCGACCUCGUUCACCGAGUACAGCGAGAGAGAGGUCACGCAGUCCUUUGACGUGACCGCGUACUACGCCAAGGUGCUCUUCUCCAAGCACGUCUGGAUCAAGUGUUCGCGCCUGGACAGCCCCGUCGUCUUGCAUCAGAUGGAGGUGACGGCGAAUGACGACAUCUACUUUAGCGGCUGCGACCUUCCACAUGCGUAG